AGCUGGACUUGUGAUGGAGGACCGGAGGAUGAGCCGUGGAGGUCGCGGAGCUCUGAUCCGAUCGCGAUGAACCCGUUGGACGGCUCCGGUUCUCCCGGACACGAGGAGGCGGCGGACGGCGGGGACAGCCGGUGUUCGUGGUCCCGCUUCUCCUCCUGGUUAGAGUGUGCAUGUGUCGUUACCUUCGACUUGGAGCUCGGACAAGCCAUAGAGCUCGUCUAUCCUCAAGAUGUGAAACUCACAGAGAAGGAGAAAACCAGCAUCUGCUACCUGUCCUUCCCUGACUCAUACUCAGGAUGCCUCGGGGACACUCAGUUCAGCUUCAGGUUACGUCAGUCGGUCGGUCGCAGGGCUGCGAGGUUCAGAGAGGACGUUUACAACAGAGACGCGCCCGCCAUCCUGCAGACUGAAGUGUCCCAUUUCUUUGGUUACGUCUAUUUCAGACAAGUGAAGGAUGUCUCUGUGAAGAGAGGCUACUUCCAGAAGUCUCUGGUGUUGAUAUCCAGGUUACCGUACACUCACCUGUUCCACUCGCUGCUGCAGAUCAUCGCUCCUGAGUUCUUUGAGAAGCUGGAGCCCUGCCUGGAAGCAGUGUGUAACGAGAUCGACCAGUGGCCGUCGCCCGUACCUGGACUGACCCUCAACCUGCCAGUGAUGGGCGUGGUUUUACAGGUCCGGAUUCCUUCAAAAACAGACAAACCAGGAGGAAGUCCAGUCAGACAGACUGCUAGAGAGGAUCUGCUUCCGGCUCCGACUCUGCUGCCCAGCAUUCACGAACUGGACCUCUUCAAGUGUUUCCAGUCGGUCCUGAUCCACCUGCAGAUCCUCUGGGAGCUCGUGUUGUUAGGGGAACCGCUGGUCGUCAUGGCGCCGUCUCCCACUGUCUCCUCGGAGACCGUGCUGGCUCUCGUCAGCUCCAUCAGUCCUCUGAAGUUCUGCUGUGACUUUCGUCCUUAUUUCACCAUCCACGACACCGAGUUCAGAGAGUACACCACCAGGACCCAGGCCCCACCUAACGUGGUUCUGGGUGUCACCAAUCCGUUCUUCAUUAAGACUUUUCAGAACUGGCCUCAUGUGGUCCGACUGGGAGAAAUCAGGAUGGCAGGUGAUUUACCCAAACAGGUGAAGGUGAAGAAACUGUCCAAACUGAAAGCGCUCGACACUAAACCAGGGAUCUAUACCGCGUACAAGACGUUCCUACACAAAGACAAGAUCCUGAUUAAAAGACUGCUGAAGGGUAUUCAGAGGAAGAGACCCUCAGAGGUCCAGAGCGCCAUCCUGAGGAGACACCUGUUAGAGCUCACUCAGAGCUUCAUCAUCCCGCUGGAGCGGUACAUGGCGAGCCUGAUGCCUCUGCAGAGAUCGGUGACACCCUGGAAGACUCCUCCUCAGAUUCGACCCUUCAGUCAGGACGAGUUCAUGUCCACUCUGGAUCACACCGGGCCUCAGCUCACCUCAGUGCUCAAAGGUGAUUGGAUGGGACUGUACAGGAAGUUCUUCAGGUCCCCGAACUUCGACGGAUGGUAUCGACAUCGACACAAAGAGAUGACUCAGAAAUUGGAGAGCCUUCAUCUGGAAGUCAUCUGCGACGCCGACCUGCUGGGUUGGACCAAAGACAAGUCUGAGGUGGAAAUCGUCGACCUGAUUCUGAAGCUCAGGGAGAAACUGAUUAAAGCUCGACGGCAGCAGCUGCAGGUGAAGGACGGCGUUUUGGACAAACUGGACACUUUCAUUAACUCUGUCAUUGGCUCGCUGCCUGAAGACCUGCAGACUUUACUGUUAACACACUAAGUACACACUAAGUACACACUAAGUACACACUGACAGCUCUCUGUCUUCACAAAAUCACUUUGGCAACACAGAUUAAAGUCAGUAAAAGGAGUUUGGACAGAACUGAACUCAACAUCUUCAUCGCCUUCAUCAAGUUAAGAUUCGCUUACUUUACUUAAAGUAAAGGGGGGGGGGGGGCUAACUGAGCUAGCUAACGGCAGCUAACGGUCACAUUAACGUUGUUCCUGGUCUCUGCUCGUUCCGGAGGCUGGCGUCAGACAAGCUGAGACGCUUGUGCUCCCAUGGAAACUGGACUCGUGAGCAGCAGCUCCCCGGCGGUCAGCCUCUGCUGCUGGCCUGCCGCCGCUCCUCCCCCCCGGCGUCUCCUCCUCCGGAGCUACUCAUCGCUGCUAACACUUAGCUCUGUUAACCCCGUUAAAGUCCAUCAGAAUGAACGUUUCCAUUACUCUUCAGUAUGCUGUUAACACUCUCCUUAUGGCUCUGGAGGAGAGGACUGUUGCCAUGGGAACUCAACUGUCCAUCAUCUGUCAUAUGGAAGUGGGCGUGGUUUCACCUGCACUGGGUUGGACUCAUUUGGGAGGCUGCUAGUCUGCAGCAGUGAGCAGCAAAGCUAUACUGUAUGUCCAGGAAAUAGACAGCGCCAUCCGGAGGAGACCAAAUCAGCGAGUAAAGUUCUAAAGUUGUGUUUUUCUUGCAGUAAUCCAGAAACAGUAAUCUAUUCUGCUGGUAUAAAUCUACGGUGGCAUCAGAACACGUUUCAUCCAACACAAACUGAGUGCACGCCGGACCAAUCAUCAUUCCAGCAAAUGACAAACUCUAAAUACCAAGAAGAAUUCAUACAAACAGACUUCUGUCAUUGUUGGCCAGAUCCUGAAGUACGAUUAAUUCAAUUCAUCUAGUGAAGACUCAUUCAGUUUUGUUUUGGUUAAACUGAUCUGAAGUUGAGAUUAAAUGUGAAUCUGAAGCAGACAAAUGAAACUUGUGGAUGUUUUACAGCUGCUGUAUGAAGUCUGUCAGAACAGGUGAGGACGUUGUGAGGAUGACACAACUCUGUCCUCCUGAUGUCGAGCUUGUCUUUGAAGUAUUGUUCUCAUAAUUCCCUUUAUUUAUGACUUUAUUCUCAAAAUGUGACAAAUACUUUGAUUAUUAUGAGUUCAUCCUGAAAACACGGGGACCUUUUAUCUGGAUUCUGUGUCGUCUGUUUCAGCUUCACUCGUAAUAUUACGUUAGAUUUAUAAACCGUUUGAUAAAAAUCCAACAGUUCAUUAAAGACAAACAGCUCAUUAACGUCCUGGAUGAUUUUCAGUUCGGACAUAAUAAACUCUGUUGGAUUAUUUUUAUUCAUUAAACGUCCCUCUCACCACAGAUGAAGGAUUAUUUUUGUAUCACAGCUGAAUUGACUGAACCCAGUGAAUGUAAUGAAUAUUAAUAAUACUGUAUUAAUACUUUGUUUUUCUCCCAAACUGUAAAUAUGUAGAUUUGCUUUGAAGAGUAAACCCUGAGUCAUGUACUGUCUGAUAUGUAUAAUCAGU